AUGGUCUUCACGUCUUAGCUAAGCUAGGGUCCUACUCAUUGACAUUUAUGUACAUUUACGUCGUUAUGUGUGUAUUUAUAUAAACCCUAGAGUGAAAGAACCGAACAGAGCACAACUGGAAAUAACCCAUUCUCAUCAUCAUUACCUGAGAUGUAUAUGUCCUCAUUGUCCCCGAGACUCCACAAAGCAUACAAAUCUAGAUGUGUUAGCUUACCGGUUCGGUCUCAUCCUAGUGUUAGGAGGAUUCAAGAAGUUGUCUCCAAGGUUAGAGCUUUGGGGUCGUCUUCGUUAGACUCCAGGACCAUGGUCCGUGACGGUCUCUCUGGUCUCACCGACCUUUACAGGUGUUUAAGUGAAGAUCUCUUCAGAUCUUCUCCUGAAACUCAGCAAGCUCUUCUUAACGGUGAUGGUUUGAUGGAUGAGCUUCUUGAAGUGUCGCUGAAGUACUUAGAGGUUUGUGGAGGAGCCAAAGACGUGGCGUCUAAGAUCAAGAAGAGUGUUGUUGAGCUUCAGUCGGCUUUGAGAAGGAGCAAGAAAGGAGGUGAUUUUAGCCUAGAGAGUGACGUGGAUGCUUACAUGGCGUCGAUGAAAGAGAUCAAGAAGGAGAUCAAAAAGUAUUCGGUAAUGUCGAAAGAGACAGACGCGUCUUUGGAGAGUGUUUGGUGUGACGGUGAUGAUCAAGACAUGAAUGCUUUGGUUAGAGUGAUGCAAGAGACGAGUGUAAUGACUUGUUUUGUGUUACGCUCGGUCUUCUCGUUCUUGUCGUCGCCUAAAGGGUUAAAGACUAAGAAUCAUCAUCGCCAUAAGGGUUGGGGAAUUGUUAUGAAGCUUGUGAAGAAAGGAAUAGAUCAUCAUAAUCAGGAGAAAAGAGAUCUUGAGAAGGGCUUUUCUUGUCUCGAGCUUGAAGCGAUGGAAACUGAGCUUGGGAAGCUCGUUGUGAUGACGACGAGUGAAGAUCAAGAAGAGGAGACAAAAGUUAGUGAAGAAGUAUGUGAGACGAUUCAAUGUGCAUUGGUCAGAUCCGUAGGUGUAGAGACAGUCAUGGAAGAGCUUGAAGAUGGACUUGAAGGAUUGUUCAAGGUGAUGAUACAAGCUAGAGUCUCUCUUCUUAACAUCCUCUCCAUUUAAUUCAAAUCGGAUCAGAUUCGAAUUCCUUAAUUGGUAUGGAUUCGGUGAUAAUUUACUUGCUCUUGACCAGGUGGAUUGGUUUGGUUUGGUUUAUUCCCUUAUAUGUGAGAGAGAGUUCAAACAUGCGUCCAUGUUUUAGAGGAUGUGUGUUUCUUGUAAGUUUGUAACUCGUUCACACCUGAACGUUUCUUGUAAAGUGUAUGUACUUAUAAAUAUGAGAAUAUUACUAGACUA